AUGACUGUGGAUGCUGUAAGCGAAUGGAAGCACUGGCUUCUUAAGUAUAAGCCAGAGGCCAGCAUCACACAGCAUGAAUGUGAUCAGUUUUUAUGUUGUUUUGAAGAUAUUAGUGGUAUUCUUGCUGAUACUGGGAUCAACGAUAAAGAAAGAGUGCGGAGUGUUGAUGUGAUGAGCCUGUUAAUGCUAAAGAUAUACCAAGUUUUAAAGAAAGGUAAGAACAGCGGUAACGACAAACCUAAUGAAUUUGAGAUGACUGUGAAAGAAAUUAUGUUCAGCAUUGAUCAGGGGAUAUUUUUAUUUCAUUACGUUAUUGAUUUUUGGACUGACAAUACUGUGUCCAUGGAGAUCCCAUUGAGAAAUAUGUUUGAGAAGCUUUUGCAGCUAAUGAACCACUUGUAUGGGAGUACACUGAUGGAGACGGUGCUUUAUGGGUGGGUUGAAACUGUUUUAUCAUUACAAGAAAAUAUGAAAGUUCAAUAUUAUUUGUUAGACAUCUUCAGUGGUCAGAUCGACCUAUAUGUGAUUCUGCGAUUGAAACCAAAUUUCGUUGAGACUUGUCUCAGUUUGGUCUGGGCGGAAACUCUGUGUACACAAGUUGGAAAGUGUUUAUCUAACGUGUUACUAAAUUGGUAUAAAUACCACUUUGAUGAAUCUUCGAUAGAACAAUGGUUGUUAUUAUGGAAGCCUUUAUGCUGCCAUUAUUUGAACGAUGCUAAAUAUACGAAAAAGAUUCAACUUUAUGUCUUGUCAAAUGUUUUCAAGCAGCUUCCAGAAAGUUUUGGCAUAUUCAUAAGAGAACAUGAAGGUUUUUCUAAUACAUUACUGUUAUCAUUGCUGAAAAUCGGACAAGAGUUGGCUAUAGAAGAAGAGCCUUUCCAUGAUGAAAAAUAUAUCAGUCUGGAAGACGUUAGGUGUCUACUGCAACAGGAUCAAUAUAAGCUUCCUACCUUUGAACUACUUACAUAUUCGAAUAAAAGAUCUAAACAGAUACAACCAUACAUUUAUGACAUUAUAAGAGAAAACAUAACUAUCUUUUUUGUCGAUUAUAAUCUGCAGACAAGAAACUAUUUCCACAGUUCACUAAAAUCGUUCAUUAAUAGAGUUAGAGAUUCUGCUUACUCGUUGAAUAGAGAUGCUUGCAAACUAAAACAGAAAGGAAAGUUUCCUGAGGAACAACUCUACAAAAGGAGACACGUCGAGAUUGCACGCGAUUUUAUGGCUUGGCUAGUCAAAUUCUCGAAAUCUCAAAUGGCUCCUGGUUCACAAUAUCAAAGAAGGUCGUUAGCAUAUCAGAUUGUAACUACUUUGCUGAUUUCAGGAUUGGAUUCUUCAGUACCAGAAGAGUUCUUAGAUUCUAAACAAAGAAUGAUCUAUCCGUUUAACAUCGCACUAUUCGACGAAACUUUUAUUAGGAUUCUUGUUGAUGAUCUAACAAAUAACUAUGACGACAUUAGAGAACAUUCAUUGAGACUACUUUCUAUCGGGUUUCAGACAAAGAAGAAAGAAGCACAAAAUAUAGAUGAGUCAGCAUUGUUUCACCUCGCAUCAGAUUUACUUUUAUCCUAUAAAUCAAGUGAUGGUGGCGCAAAGAUCUUAGAGUUUGUAUUCACUAUCUCUAAGAAAAAAAUGGAACAUUUGAAUGAGCUAUUGAUUCUUCUUCAAAACCUUCUGAAUAGGGCAUCAUCUGAUCUGAUUGGCAAUAUCAGCUACCCAGUUUCAGGAAUUUUUACAGCAUUCGCUCUGGUGAUCAAGACAAUCGAUGACAAAGAGUGUACAGAGGAGCUUCUGCAAAAUUUGAUAGAUGCAGCAAUUCUGAACUGGGACACUGUCAAAGAGAUUGUAUGUCAUGAUUCCCCUGAAGGAAACCUACCGCUUAAAUAUUUAAAUUGUGGUAUCCCAGAUCAGGUAAUUACCAGUUACGCUUUCCGCUCAAUCAAAGAAUCUAGCACCAUGCUAAAGACUUUAUUAGCAUGCAAGCCCUUAACUGGUGACCAAAUAGAAGGGUGUGGAUCUCUAUUACUCGAUCAGUUAUCAAACAUCAGGCAUAGUGGGGCAUUUCAGUCGGUUUUCCCAACUUACAUGGAAUUAUGCCAACGUGCACAGAAAACGUUCCCAGAUGUUCUCCAGAAGUGGCUCGAAGCUAGUGUAUCAUCCUUAAGAACAAAAAGUCAAUAUAUCACUCGGCGUUCUGGUGGAUUACCAUUCAUGAUAAGUGCUAUACUUUCAUCUGAAAUCAUACCAGAGAGGCCUUGGCUUAGAUGGACGUUCGGCCAACUCUUUGAAAUAGCAACUGUGCCUGUGAUGCAACACGAAGAAAAAUUAGAUUUACCGCAAGUGCACGCUUUCAACUGUAUCAAAAGUAUUUUCAAUGAGCCAAAGUUGUCAUCGUACUCAGCUCCUUAUGUUCAAUCCACUCUUGAACUAUGUUUGCAAAAUUUCACAUCUCCAGCUUGGACGAUGCGGAACUGCUCCGUUAUGUUAUUCACAGCUUUGCAAAACAGGCUAUUCGGUAAACUUGGCAAAACUAUGAGCGCUAGGCUCUUCUUCACAAGAUUUAAAGGUAUUCGUGAGGUUUUGUUAGAGUCCUUAAAAAAUUCCAUUAAUAGUACGUCACUUCCUUCUGUUGUUGAAAAUGAAAGGGAUGGUUACAAUCUACGGAAAACAGCACAGUACAACGUCGAGUCAAUUUUCUUGAUAUUCACUAUCUUAGGAAGACUUAAACCAACUCUUUCAUAUGAUGGGCUGAAAGAAUUUGAAUCUGAGAUCGUUAAAGGGUUAGAAUGCUGUAACUGGAAGAUACGAGAACUUGCAGCAAGGAUUUUUGCAUCAUUAGUGCAAAAUCCAAAGGAAAGAAUCCUCGAGCUCUUGAGUGAAAUUAAAAAUGUCCCAUCAUGCCAAGACAAGACACACGGAUAUCUACUUGCGAUAAAAGAGACGCUUAGGAUAUACGUGGGUAAAACAUCAUCUCUUCUUGUAACGGAUGUCUCAUCUUUGUUGAUCGCUAGUCAUGGACGCUUUCUAUCAAACGUUUCAUGCUAUGUCAAUGCUAAACAAUAUGCUGAGAUAAUAGAGUUACUAUUAAGUAGUGGAUCCAUGGAUGGGAAGGAAAAAAAAUCGAUCCUAGUCUUAUUGGGCAAUGUUUUCAUAAAUGAAAAUUCGUCUUACGUCAUCGAUGGUAGCAAGCAGUUGUUCUUGGCGGUUGUGACAAGAAUACUCCUAAAUUUUGAGAACCAAGAGUAUAUUACGGACAUUGCGGAAUUAGCCUUACGUUCUGAAUAUUUUGAAGUACAACUUUCUGCAUUACAUUGUUUGAAACAGUCAAAAAUAUUAACUGUCGAAUACGCAGCUCUAGGUUCCAUUUUAAUAGAUAUUUUAAAGGAUCCGAAUCAAUGGUGUGCAGUGAAAGCUGAUACUCUAACAGUAUUGCGUAUGGCUAACAUCAAGGUGAAAACGUUCAAGUACUUAGAUUUAGCUUCCGAUAAAAGUGAGAUGUUACAAAGUAGUUUGUUAGAGAACAUCAGCGUUUUCGAAAACGUACCGGAAUCCGUUUUCUGGGAAUUGAUCGAUAGCAACAUUUCAGAUGAGAGUCCCGACCAUUUGAGGCUCUCUGCAACCCAAUGUUUGAUGCAUUCUUACCGUUCGGCACCAGAUGACAAAAUCCUCUUCAGGAUCUAUCAACAGCUCUUUGACGAUUCCUCAGAUGUCAGAUUAAUGACGGCUAGGUUUAUCAAUGAACAUGUUUUGCAAGUGGUAGAAAAAAAUUUAAACUCUUCUCCUUACUCUACAAGUUUGAGGUGUGCAGAGAUGCUCCCACAAAUAUUUCGUUCAGAUGACAUCAGCCUCACCUUGAUACAGCUCUUGGAGCAAUUAUACGAAGGUUUUAUGAUCAGCAAUGUGAACUCCAGUGCAGAGAACGAGCUAUUUGAUGUAGAGAAGGACAACCAAUAUCGAAAUGAGUUGCAGCUCGGAACUCAAACGAUUGCCAUGUUAAAGGGAUUAGGCCAUCUACCAAUUUCCAUCCAACUGAAAAAGGUAAAGCAGAACCUAUCUGAUGUUGUUUCUGGCCUUAAAGCAGAAGACCGAGAUGGUUUCUUCAAAUGGGGAUCAAACCCUGAAAUAUUCAAUAAGCUUUCUCUCCAGAGAAAACUACUGCAAUCAUUCGGUGAAGAUCUUUCAGAGAUAGACGCCAAACUAGAAUUGCUUAACUGUCAUCCCUUAAUUUUUGAAAUAUAG